CUGCCCAGUCGGCGCCAGUUCUUGCCGCUGUUUCCUCGUGGCGCGGUCCUCGAGCCUCGCUCUUUCUCCGGCGGCGGCGGCGGCGGCGGCGGCGGUGGCGGCGGCUGCAGCAGCAGGAGAGAGCGGAGGGGAGCGGGCGGCGGGCUCCAUGGAGAGCGGCGGACGCCCGGGAAGAGGCGGCGCUUCCUCCCCGGCACCCGGGCUCCAGUGACCGGCGCUCGCGCCCUGCACCGCAUCGGAACGGCCGCCGGCUCCGGGACUGACCCGGCCUCGCUGCCCUUCCCCGCGCCGCCGCCUCGCCUUCUUGCUCCCCGACUCGCCCUCGCCCCCACUCCCCGGCUGGGUGGCGGCGGCCAGGCCCCCGCGGCGGCGGCCGGAGCAGCAGCGGCAGCAAGAGCCCGCCUCUAUGAUGAAGUUCAAGCCCAACCAGACGCGGACCUAUGACCGCGAGGGCUUCAAGAAGCGGGCUGCGUGCCUGUGCUUCCGGAGCGAGCAGGAGGACGAGGUGCUGUUGGUGAGCAGCAGUCGGUACCCAGAUCAAUGGAUUGUCCCAGGAGGAGGAAUGGAGCCCGAGGAGGAGCCUGGCGGUGCUGCCGUGAGGGAGGUUUAUGAAGAGGCUGGAGUCAAAGGAAAAUUGGGCAGACUCCUGGGCAUAUUUGAGCAGAACCAGGACCGAAAGCACAGAACAUAUGUUUAUGUUCUUACUGUCACUGAAAUAUUAGAAGACUGGGAAGAUUCUGUUAAUAUAGGAAGAAAGAGAGAGUGGUUCAAAGUAGAAGAUGCCAUCAAAGUUCUCCAGUGUCAUAAGCCUGUACAUGCCGAGUACCUGGAAAAACUAAAGCUGGGUUGUUCUCCAACCAAUGGAAAUUCCACAGUCCCUUCCCUUCCAGAUAGUAACACCCUGUUUGUAACUGCUGCACAGACCUCUGGGCUGCCGUCUAGUGUAAGAUAGAGAGAAUUGGAAGGACCUCUUCCACCAUGUGCAGUCUCGUGGGCAGAGGCUUUAUUAUCCUUGGCAAACAUCUGAAUGACGCUUUCAAACUGUCUGAAUUUGCCAUGCAGGAUUUUCAAACAAUCUGCAUGUUUUUCAGAUGCUUUCAAAUCUUCUUUUAAAAAAAAAUAGUGUAAAAUAUUUUAAUAAGCCAAAGCCAUGUGGAAUUUUUUUUAGAUGCCUUAACUGUGCCCCCACUCACCCACCUUAUUAUUUUGGUUGGCAUUUUCACAGCAUUUUUUUUUUCAGUUUUUUGUCCAUUUGAUGUCAGUCUGUGGUUUUUGUCAUUUCAGCUUAUUCGUGGGUAUAUUUUUCCCUUAAAUUGUUUCUCAUUCACAAUAUUAACAUAUUCAACAAAUCCUUCUGUUGUGGGAAUUUACGACAGUAAUUCUUGAUAUUAAAGCAGUCCAUCAACCCAAAAACUUGUUUCAUAGGAUCACAAUUUUGAUUCAUAGAUUCCAGAUUUGGACUAUUUCUAUAUGGCCCUGUUUUCAGGAAUUUGUCAACUCGUUUGUCUCAGUUUUCACAACCGGUAUUAUGUCCCUAACUACCUGAUAUGGCCAAUUCCCCUAAAACUCAAUAGUCCUUUAAUACAAAGUUUAACUCUGUAGAGCUGGUGAUUGUUAGGCGGGUACAGUAAGCAAAAUACAUGUAGUACAUAACAUCACAAAAACUGUAUUCAUGGAAUUUGAGUUAGCGUGCUCCAUUGCCAAUUCCUUUCAUCCAUAAUCUCUCUUUACACAGAAUACAUGAGAACCAUAUUUCCCUCAAUGUAAAUUGCUUUUUAAAAACAUAUUUCCAGUUUUUUAAUUUAGUGACAUCUCUUCAGUUAAACUUGCUGGUUACCACCUUAAAUGCCAGUCAGUGCUGACUGCAUCACAAUUGAGUAAAUGGCCUUCUUGUUCAGCUGUUACAGACCUAGAUUGUUAAGGCACCUUAGAACAUCUCAUCUUUUACAGCUGGUUAGUAGGUACUAUUUAUCAUAUAACUAAAUAUUGGGGCACUGGAACAUACCUGAAUUAAGAAUUACUUUGUCUUACACUUGUCUUUAUAUUCACUUAAAUCCAAGAAUCCCAUCUAAAACACAUAAAUACCUUGUCUGAAACACCUGUACUUCCCUGACCAAGUCAGAAAUGAGGUGGGGCAAGUGAAAGAUGAUUCCAUAUGUAGACAUUUGUUAGCUUCUUGUAAAUAAUUGUAACUGGUGGAACAUAAAGUAGAAAAUAAGCAUAGUUAUACAUUUGUUCUAUAAAUUGUUAACCUUUAAAAAUAUAAUUGCUGCUAAAAAUAGAGUGCUGUUACACUUAAGGGAAAUUGGUGCCACUGUUUUGAAAAUGAGAUCUUGUGCCAUAAAUGCAGCUGAACUAUAUAAAUAUUAGUUCACAAAUUAAUGCUGUCAAAGGAAUGAGUGAAGUAGAAAAACUUUUAACCAAUGAUAUUUCAUUCUAAAUUAUGUAGUGUGAUCAAACAUGAUCAUCCAGAAUUUUUAUAUUUUUCUUUGUACAGAGUUUAUGUAUUCUGGGUGUUUUUUUAAAAGGAAACAUUUUAAAUCCCACAGAUUGACACUUUGUAUCAAUCUUCAAUGGACUAAGAGUUUUUUCCUCAGUGAUCUCUGAAGUUUCUUUAAAUUAUAUACUUAACACAGCAGAGAAACUGGAUUGUUUUUGUAUAUAAGACUGUGUCCACCUGAAAUGUUGUCAGAAGUACUGGGGGUUGGGGGGAGGGCUGGGUAUCUUGUAUAUGAUAUUAUUAGAAGUAAUAAUGCAUGAACUUAUUUUAUAAACCCUUGGACUAUGUAUUUGACAUGUAAAAUAUGUACAGUAUUAAUGUCAGCCAUUUCUUAAAAGUGAGCCUAUAAAUAUUGUUGUAUAAUUUUCUUUGGUCAGAAACAUUUGGACUAAGUAGUGCCACUGGGUUAGGUUUUCUUCAGUGCCAUUUAGCAAACCACCUGUCUUUACUAUGCAACUAGCAAAAAUUUGUAUAAUGCAUCAGAAUAUUUCAGUCGUCACACUUUAAAUUUCACAUGAAGGGUUCUUCGCUAUUCUUUUGGAACCCAGCCUAGCAAAAUUAGAGGAAAGGCCCUAAGGAGAUUUAUUUCUGUUAAGAGAAAAAAGCCUACAUUUGCAGACUCAACAGUUGAAUCUACUAUAGAUAACAAAUAGUGUCUACUAUCUCAACUCUUCAAAGUUUACAGUGUUGGGACUGUCGUUUGUGCUUUCUGUGGGGUAGUUGGAUAAAAUUGGGCAGCUAAAAUUUUCAGUUCCGUGUGGCUCCUAAAUUUUAAAAACUUUGUAAAUUGAUUCACAGACACAAAGUAGCAACUAUCUUGCAUGUUUGUUGUUGGGUUUUUGUUCGUUCAUUUGUUUGUUUUUUUGUAAACCGGUGAAAUUUUCCAACCAGGCACAUGCCAUUCAAUUUUCUGUUGAUCACACAGUUGUAUAAAGCAGCAAAACUGAAGGGGGAAUGAUUGUUGUAUACACUUUAAAUUGCUUUGCAUGGUCUCAUUUGAGAUAAUUGGUGUAAGAAUCUUGACUUUUUUUAUAUUUGGAAACAUCAAAUAAAAAAUGGGAAUGAAUUUUUUUUUAACAUA